GUUCGUCACUAUAGAAAUGCUAUCUUUCACUCAAGCAGCAUGGAAUUAGAAGAAAGUGAGGCAAAUACUUACUUAGACGAUAUGAUAGCAGUUUUACAAGAUGGUAAAGAGCUAUUACACCGAUCAGAUGCCCAGAUAGCAGUGAAGAAACUUCAAGAUCUGAAGAAGAAGGACUUCAUUAUUACAACUGAAGGUUUUGAAGAUAUUCUGGGGCAAAUCAAGGAAGAAAUGUCAAAAGUUUUGAAAUCAACGGAAAAUGCUGCUACUAAAGACGAAUAUGAGGACCUGAAAAAUAAACUCUCAGAGGGAAAAGUUGAGACUGAAAAACUUGAAAACAAACUUGCAGAUCUAAAGAAACAGAUUUCUGAAGAAAAGAAAGGACAACUAGAGGCUGAGAAAGAACAUGCAGAUUUAAAAAAGAAAUUUACUAUUCUUGAGACAAUAAUGGAAGAGCAAAAAGAGGAGAUAAAAAGACUCAAGGAAGAAGAUUCUCCUAUACAAAAACAGUUAGAAUUUCAAAAGGCUAAAUCAGGUUGUCGUACUCAAUUGAUAGAACAUUAUUGCAGUGAUGUACUUAAAGUAUCAGCAAUACCUUUACAACCAGAUGAGGAAAAUUAUAACUUCAGUGACAUUUAUAUAAGACCCACUUUAACAAAUCAAAGCACUGAAU